AUGCGAUAUUUUCUUGGUAUGGAGGUUGCUCGGUCAAAGAAGGGUAUUGUGGUUUCACAGCAGAAAUACAUUCUAGACUUAUUGAAAGAAACAGGAAUGAGUGGAUGUCGUCCUGCAGAUACCCCUAUGGAUCCUAAUGCUAAACUUUGGGGAGAAGGUAGUGUUCCUGUUGACACUGGAAGAUAUCAGAGAUUGGUUGGAAAACUGAUUUAUUUGUCACACACCCGACCUGAUAUUGCUUUCUCAGUUAGUGUAGUAAGUCAAUUUAUGCAUUCUCCUUACGAGGAACAUCUUGAGGCAGUCUACCGGAUACUGAGAUAUUUGAAGGGAAAGUCUGGUAAAGACUUACAUUUUAAGAAAACUAGUGAAAGAAAUGUGUCUAUCUUCACGGAUGCUGAUUGGGCAGGCUCAGUCACUGAUAGAAGAUCAACCUCUAGAUAUUGUAAUUAUGUUUGGGGUAAUCUUGUGACAUGGAGGAGCAAGAAACAAGGAGUUGUAGCAAGAAGUGGUGCAGAAGCUGAGUUUAGAGCUAUGUCUCAAGCUGCCAUUAGCAUAGCUCAUAACCCAGUUCAACAUGACAGAACCAAACAUAUAGAGAUUGAUCGACACUUCAUAAAAGAGAAGUUAGAUGCUGGAAUCAUAUGUCUCCCUUUUGUGACUUCAAAUCAGCAAACUGCGGAUAUCCUUACCAAAAGUUUGGCAAGACCAACCUUUGAGCAUUUGAUUGACAAGUUGGGCAUGAUAGAUAUCUAUGCACCAACUUGA